UGGCCAUUUAAUCUUGAUAAAAAGUUGUGUGAGAAAUUUGGAAAAUUUUCUUUCCUUGCACAAGGGCAUAAGUUAGCCUUAGAAGUUACCAGGCUGAAGGAAUAAUAAGAGGUCUUUUAACGGUGAUAAAAUCAAGAUAAGGUUUCAGUUUUUUAUUGCUAUAUAACAAAAUACCCCAAAACCUAGCGUACACAAGUAAACUUGGAGUAAAACAUCAACAGCUUAUUGUUUCUCACUAUUCUGUGGGUUGACUGGGUUCAGCCAAACGGUUCUGCUCCACAUGGCAUUGGCAGGGGUCGUUCGCUUGGCUUCCUCAUUGAGCUGGGCUGGAGAGUCCAAGAAGGCUACACUCACAUUUUUGGUGUGUUGGUGCUCCUCCAUGUGGUCUCUCAUAUAUGCCUCGACCUCUUAAAGGCCAGGCCUAGAACUGGUAAAAUGUCAGCUCUGCCACAUUCUAGUGAGCAGAGCAACCACAAGUCUUGUUCAGGGAAAUGGAUGGAUUCUAUAUCUUGAAGGAUUAAGCAGCCCACAUAUGUAGGGAGAGAAAAAAUUAAUGUGUCCAUCGUUGGAAACUAUCUGCUACAAAUAGUGGUAGUGCAGCAUAGAUCUACUAGAAAAAUCAAGCACAAACUUCUAUUUUAAAAUCAGUUUGUCGGAGGCCGGGCUACGCCAAGCCCUGCACGUGAACAGCUGCGGCAGGGGCAGCAUCCAACGGCGGUGCCAGCAGUUCCAGCCCGUUGCUUUACUUUUUAGCUGCACCAACGUAGUCAUUAUGCCGAAGAGAAAGUCUCCAGAGAAUCCAGAGGGCAAGGAUGGAUCCAAAGUAACUAAACAGGAGCCCACCAGAUGGUCUGCCAGGUUGUCAGCGAAACCUGCUCCUCCAAAACCUGAAUCUAAACCAAGAAAAACAUCUGCUAAGAAAGAACUGGCAACAAAGGUUAACAAAGGUGCUAAAGGGAAGAAGGAGGAAAAGCAAGAAGCUGGAAAGGAAGGCACAGAAAACUGAAUCUGUAAACGAGGGAGAAUGAAUUGUCAUGAAAAUCGGAGUUGAUUUUAUGUACCUGUUGGGACAACUUUUAAAAGCUAUUUUUACCGAGUAUUUUGUAAAUGCUAAUUUUUUAGGACUCUACUAGUUGGCAUACAAAAAUAUAUAAGGAUGGACAUUUUACCUUCUUAUAGUCAUGAUUUUUGGAAAUUCCCAUCAUCCUUGAGUAAAAUAAAUACCAAUUUAAUAUUGGAAGCUGUCUGUAAAAUUGAUUCACCGUUCCAUGCACUUGCUUUAAAAAUUUAGUCCUGAGCAUACUGUGGUGUUUUUACUGUGUGUAUUUGAAUUUUUUCAUGCAGUUUUUCUAGAGCAGUAAUCAGUGGUGCUUUUGUACCUAGGUUUUAUGUGAUUUUAAUGAAACAUGGAUAGUUGUGGCCACCUGCUGACUAUUUGUGGUUUAAAAUAAAAGGUUUUCUUGCCUGCAAAAAAAAAAAUAAAAAAAUAAAAUAAAAUAAAGUCAGUUUGUCUAAGUAAAAUAAAUUAGAAUAAGUAUACAAUAAUGGCUGACAUAUGAGAGGUUACUUAUAUGCUUUUCAAAGAUUAUCUCAUUUAAUUCUCAGAACAACUCUUUUAAAGGGUACUUUAUUAGUGCCCAUUCUUGAAGAUGAAGAAAUUGAUGGACAGAGAGGUUAAAUAAUUUAUCCAAAGUUACAUAUUCAGGGAGAAUUAGAGUUACGAUUUCAAACCAAGCAGUUUGACUACAGUGCCUAUGAACCUAACCCUAGGAUAAAAUGCUCCAAACUUUAUUUUCCCCCAGUUCAUGAAUUCAACAGUAUUUUUUCAGCACCUAAUGAUGUUCCAGAUAUUGUUCUGGUGCUGGGGCUAUAGCAGUAGACAAAUCAAGUUUCCUGCAUUCAUGGAGUUGAUGUUCAAAUGGGAGGAAAUAACCAAAACAUGAAUCCUUAACAUGUUAGGUGGUACAGAAUGCUACAAAGAAAAUAUAAAGUAUGGCUGGGGGUAGAGAGUGAGUUUGUCAGACAGGUCUUAGCAACUUAAAAAACACUAAAACAGCAGUUUUCUUCACUACCUAAGUUGUAAGAGCAGUUUGGGCUAUAAACUAUACAAUAUGGAGGAAGUCCCAAAUUAUAGUUUUUAUUAUUUAAUGACCCAUUAUACAUUGCAUUAGAUAUCAUUAUGUUCAAUCAGUCAUGCAUUCAUUGAUUCAAUGGUGGUAUACAUACAAAAUAGAAAUAUAGUGUUGAGUGAGACAAGUCCUCGGGCCUACAGAUUUUACAGUCCAGUAUUUUACCCAGCUACAUGAUAAUGUAAAUAAUGUUUGUUCCUAUUUAAGUAUCCCUUAAAAAUUAUAGAUCUACUAAAGAAAAUUAAGCACAAAUCUCUUUUUAAAUUAAUUUGGCCAAGUAAAAUGAAUAGGAACAUGUAGAUAAUAAUGGCUAACAUUUGAGGGCUUGCUAUUUGCUAAAAAUUGUUGUAUGUAUUUUGCAUGUUUUAUGUGUAUCUUAUUUUGUUCUCAUGGCAAUCUAAGAGACAGUCACUUUUAUUAUCUUAUGUUACAGAGAGGGAAACUGUGGGUAAAGAAAUUAAAUAUCUUUCCCAAGGUGACACAAUUGGCAGUAGAGCCUGGAUUUGAGCCUGAGUUCUUCUGAACUUAUAUUUUUAAUUGUUAUGAUGAUGAUCAAAGCUCAAAGUAUGGUCUCCACAUUAGAAUCAUCAGAGUUUCUUGUUAAAAAAGCAGAUUCUCAAGCCUCAUCUCAGACCUACUGAUCCAGACUGAGUGGAGUCCAGCGAAAUUCAGUGGUUACUUACUUUGUUUGAGAAUCACUGAAAUGUGCUAAGCUACCUCUCUUCUCGCUGAUGGAAACCAUCUCCUAUUAUAUAAAUGUAAAGUAACAUUUCUAUUGCAAACCUGUAGUGAUAACACAGUCUGGAAGAUAAUUUCCCUAGGAAUAUACUAUUGAUGAGACUGUAACAAGGAUGUGGGGUACUGGAUUGAUGUGUUAAUUGGAGUUGGGGAAGGCUUGUGGUUCAUUGGUUUCAGAGGAUCUCCAGAAUUUCUGAUCUGAAUUAACUCCCUUAAUUUAAUAAAUUUUUUUUGUGUGUGUAGGGAGUACAUGCCCCACUGGGCUUCUAGGCUACCUGGCUGCUAGCUAGAGAAAUUAGGUCCUGUGUUGUACUUGACAACAUUAAAAUUGUUUUAAUCAUUUUUACUGAGCAAAGGAAAUGUUUUAAAUACAAAACUUUCCAGA